AUGGCGGAGAGUCCGACUGAGGAGGCGGCGACGGCGACGGCGGGCGCCGGGGCGGCAGGCCCCGGGGCGAGCGGCGUCGCCGGUGUCGUCGGCGUUAGCGGCGGCGGCGGCGGCGGCGGGUUCGGGCCGCCUUUCCUGCCGGAUGUGUGGGCGGCGGCGGCGGCGGCGGGCGGGGCCGGGGGACCCGGGAGCGGCCUGGCUCCGCUGCCCGGGCUCCCGCCCUCGGCCGCUGCCCACGGGGCCGCGCUGCUCAGCCACUGGGACCCCACGCUCAGCUCCGAUUGGGACAGCGAGCGAACCGCGCCGCAGUGUCUGCUCCGGAUCAAGCGGGAUAUCAUGUCCAUUUAUAAGGAGCCUCCUCCGGGAAUGUUCGUUGUACCUGAUACUGUUGACAUGACUAAGAUUCAUGCAUUGAUCACAGGCCCAUUUGACACUCCUUAUGAAGGGGGUUUCUUCCUGUUCGUGUUUCGGUGUCCGCCCGACUAUCCCAUCCACCCUCCUCGGGUCAAACUGAUGACAACGGGCAAUAACACAGUGAGGUUUAACCCCAACUUCUACCGCAAUGGGAAAGUCUGCUUGAGUAUUCUAGGGACAUGGACUGGCCCUGCCUGGAGCCCAGCCCAGAGCAUCUCUUCUGUCCUUAUCUCCAUCCAGUCCCUGAUGACUGAGAACCCCUAUCACAAUGAGCCUGGCUUUGAGCAGGAGAGACAUCCAGGAGACAGCAAAAAUUAUAAUGAGUGUAUUCGGCAUGAGACCAUCAGAGUGGCAGUCUGUGACAUGAUGGAAGGAAAGUGCCCCUGCCCUGAACCCUUACGAGGAGUGAUGGAGAAGUCCUUCCUGGAGUAUUAUGACUUCUAUGAGGUGGCCUGCAAAGAUCGCCUGCAUCUUCAAGGCCAGACUAUGCAGGACCCUUUUGGAGAGAAGCGGGGCCACUUUGACUACCAGUCCCUCUUGAUGCGCCUGGGACUGAUUCGUCAGAAAGUGCUGGAGAGGCUCCAUAAUGAAAACGCCGAAAUGGACUCUGACAGCAGCUCGUCUGGGACAGAGACAGACCUGCAUGGGAGCUUGAGGGUUUAG